CUCUCNGUUAUUAAUUCUGAUUUCUUUAUUGGAAUUUGUAGGGUCACUUUCCUGAACUCUGACCCAACUCACCACUCCAAACGAAUUAAAGAACCUUCAUCUCUCCCAACCUCUUCAUUUUCUUCUCUUAUGGAGAUUCCCUUUCUGAAUUCGCAAUCUCAGCCUCUCUCGCCGAUCGCCGGCGGAAGAAGGAGUGGCAGCUUUCCCACCUCGCCGGAGUUUGAGUUCUGGAUGGUCCGAAACCCCUCUUUUCCUCAGCCUAAUCUUCUCUCCGCUGACGAGCUUUUUGAAGACGGCGUUCUUCUUCCUCUUCACCUUGUAUCCAGUCAGUCUCUGUCUCUGUCUCUGUCGUCUGACCCUAACAAGAAAUCUGACCCGGAGCCUUCUCCUUCUGAACCUGACCCCUGUGACGGCCCCAAAUUGACGCCUAAUUCGGUGGAAUCGGGUUCUUCGUUAACGUCGUCGAAGCGAUGGAGCAUUUUCAAGAAGAGCGAGAAGAAGAAUGUCGCGGCGAAUCAGGAGGAUCGAGUGAAGGAGAAGAAGAAAGAGAAGAAGAGUGGUAAUGGUUCCACAUCGGCGGAGUUGAAUAUCAAUAUUUGGCCGUUCUCGCGUAGUAGAUCUGCUGGAAAUGCUUACACUAGACCUAAAAUGUUCGCCGGUACACAACCUGGAUCCCGGAAGGUUAACAGUGCGCCGUGCUCUCGCAGCAACUCCACUGGUGAAUCCAAAUCCAGGAAGUGGCCGAGUAGCCCGAGCCGCGCUGGCGUCCAUUUAGGCCGGAGUAGCCCAGUAUGGCAGGUCCGGCGCGGUGGAUCCGCUGCUAAAACCUCCGAAACUUUCUCUCGCAAUGCCGAAAAAGCCGCCCGGAAGGAGCCCACAGACAACAACCGAAGCAAGGCCACCGCCACCGCCGCCGCUUCUAGAGUUAGAGUUUUGAAUUUGAAUGUUCCCAUGUGUAUUGGGUACAGGAACCAUUUAAGCUGUAGAAGCGAUGAGGCCAGUGCAGUUGGAGUUAUUGGCAAUGAUGGCGGUGGAAGCAGCAGCAGCAGCGGCAGCCAUGUUUACGGCAACAAUGGAGACCUCAGCAGUGUCAGUAAUCCUGGAAAUUCAAACACCAAUCUCUUUAGCAUAAGAAGCCUUUUCACUAAAAAAGUGCAUUAAAAAUGAAUUUCCGGGUUUCACAUAUAUUAUUGUAUAGGAAUCUCCCCUCCCUGAUCUCAACUUUUGCAUCUCUAUGUAAUUAACCAAAACUAUUGGGCAUCUGAGUUCUGACUGUUCUUAAUCAAUCAUCUCUGUACACAGUUUUUCUGGCUGUUCCUAUAAUUUCAAUCCAUUUCUUCUGUUGGGCUGAAUGAAUAUGAUUCUGAAAACUUUUUGCCAA